CUGAUAAUACCAAAGCGCAUCGAUUCAUUUGGGUAAUCACAACUGCGAAAUAAUGUCGGGCGUACGUCCGUUUCUGCUUUUCGCUGUCUUAGGGACUGUGCUGGCGGCCGAAAUCGAUUUGCGAUGCUCGUCGGAAGUAUGCUCGGACUGGCUGAUGAAAAACGAGUGUCCGCCGAUCGACAAGCAGUGCUACGACGAGGGCCGCAUGUACAAGUAUCCGGUGGAGUGCGGCUGUUGCGAGUACUGCAUUUCGUACCUGAAAGCAGGCGAAUAUUGCGACAUCGGACAGGCAGGACAGCCAACCUCGACCAAGAUCUGCGGCGCGGGUCUUGUGUGUCAGAAAGAUGCUGGAGAGGAAUUCGGCACGUGCAAGAGGCUGAAGACGGCGUGCCACGACCUCCAGGACGCGUACGACGCGGCCAAGGAGGACGGCACCCUCGGACACCUGGCCCAGAGACCGCAGUGUGAUGACCGCGGCCUUUUCGCCCCCAUCGCCUGCGUUCCCGACUCGCUCUGCUUCUGUCUCGCUCCAAAUGGUGAGCGCAUCUUCGGCGACAUCGUUGCGGCAUCGGCGCCGGCGCUCAUGAAGAUGAACUGCGACUGCUCGCGAGACGCGUGGCGCGCGGCGCAACUGGAACUCGGCGCCGGCGCCUUCUUCGCGCACUGCAUGCCGGACGGCUCGUACGACCCGCUGCAGUGCGUGGACAAUAAGUGCGCGUGCAUCGACAACGAAGGUGGCCUGGUGGGUGAGCAACGCGUGCACGUCUCGCUGCUGGACGAGGGCAGCCCCAGCUGCUUCAACGCCAGCCUCGGACACGAGCGCAGCCGCUGGUACCGUCCGUGCGAGAACCGCCGCUACCAGGCCCUGGUGCGCGACGCCGAGCUCAAGGAUGAGUCCAUCCUUGUCUUCCACGAGCUGCCCAAUUGCGGAUUCGAUGGCCGCUAUGACCGCGUACAGACUGAUUCAGAAGAAAUGUUCUGCUCAGACGAGAACGGCGAGCAGCUGGAAAACUUCCGGGUUCACAGAAUGAGCGCUGAAGCAGCCGCGAUGGACUGCAACUGCGCCAGAGCGCGAUAUUUGCUGAAAAAGGCUGAGGACGAGUCUGGCCUGACGGUGGAUCUGCCCGAGUGCUGUCCCAACGGCAACUUCAGGCGCUGGCAGUGCGUCCGAGGCCUCUGCUACUGCGUUGACAACCACGGCAGGCAAUUGUACAAAGAAGUGUCAGAGGAGGACGUUGAACAGCUGCAAUGCUACAAUGUUGAUAAUCCAUGUUUCUUGCAGAAACCUCCUAAGUAAACUGAAUGAAUAUGAUGUACAAGAUUGGUUAAUUUAAAUUUAAAAACUUAAGGACGCGUGAGAAGGAAAUGGAAAUAAUUUAUUGUACUAAUUUUAUAAAUGAAAAAUAAAUUAAGAUUUCAGUGGA